AUGGCAGACAGAGAACAACUCAUCCAAAGAGCCCGUCUGGCGGAACAAGCCGAGCGAUAUGACGAUAUGGCCUCUGCGAUGAAGUCGGUGACCGAGUUGAAUGAGCCAUUGUCAGAUGAGGACCGUAACCUCCUUUCCGUCGCCUACAAGAACGUGGUGGGAGCCCGGCGGUCCGCUUGGCGCAUCAUGUCCAGCAUCGAGCAGAAGACAGCCGCCGACAACAACGAGAAGAAACUGGAGCUGGUGCGGGCCUACCGCGAAACCAUCGAGAGCGAGCUGGAGACCCUGUGCCGGGACGUGCUCUCGCUUCUCGACAACUCUCUCAUCAAGAACUGCGACGAAGCCCAGUUGGAGAGCAAGGUGUUCUACCUGAAGAUGAAAGGCGACUACUACCGCUACCUGGCCGAGGUGGCCACCGGCGAGAAAAGGGCCGCGGCCGUGGAGUCUUCUGAAGGUGCCUACAAAGAGGCCUUGGAAUUCAGCAAGAGCCUGGACGCCACUCACCCCAUCCGCCUGGGCCUGGCCCUCAACUUCUCCGUCUUCUACUACGAGAUCCAGAACGCCCCCGAGCAAGCCUGCCAGCUGGCCAAAGAGGCCUUCGACGAGGCGGUGGGCCAGCUGGACAAUCUGAAGGAGGACUCCUAUAAGGACUCAACACUGAUCAUGCAGCUGCUGCGAGACAACCUGACCCUGUGGACCAGCGACCAGCCCGACAGCGAAGGAGGGGACGCCAAUAACUAAGGACAGUUACUGUCAGCAGCUCUCUGUUCGCUAUAGUAGCUUCAUUCUACCUUUCUACGA